AUGGAGACCCGCUACAACCUCAAGAGCCCGGCUGUUAAACGUUUAAUGAAAGAAGCGGCAGAAUUGAAAGAUCCAACAGAUCAUUAUCAUGCACAACCUUUGGAGGAUAAUCUUUUUGAAUGGCACUUCACAGUUAGAGGGCCCCCAGAUUCUGAUUUUGAUGGAGGAGUUUAUCAUGGACGAAUAGUACUGCCACCAGAGUAUCCCAUGAAACCACCAAGCAUUAUUCUUCUAACGGCUAAUGGACGAUUUGAAGUAGGCAAGAAAAUCUGUUUGAGCAUCUCAGGACAUCAUCCUGAAACUUGGCAGCCUUCAUGGAGCAUAAGAACAGCAUUGUUAGCCAUCAUUGGGUUUAUGCCAACAAAAGGAGAAGGAGCCAUAGGCUCUCUAGAUUACACACCUGAGGAAAGAAGAGCACUUGCCAAAAAAUCACAAGAUUUCUGUUGUGAGGCAUGUGGCUACACCAUGAAGGAUGUCCUGCUGCCUUUAAAAUCUGGAAGUGAUUCAAGCAUGGCUGACCAAGAAGCCAAAGAACUGGCUAGACAAAUCAGUUUUAAGGCAGAAGUUAAUUCAUCUGGAAAGACUAUUGCUGAGUCGGACUUAAAUCACCCUUUUUCACUAAAUGAUUUAGAGGACAAUAUACCUACCACAUUCCAGGGAGCUACUGCCAGUACAUCGUAUGCAGUCCAGAACUCCUCAGGAGCAUCCCUUCAACAACCUACCCAGCCUGUAGCUAAGAACACCUCCAUGAGUCCUCGCCAGCGCAGGGCCCAGCAGCAGAGUCAAAGAAGGUCGUCCAGUUCACCAGAUGUCAUCCAGGGCCAGCAGCUCCGAGACAACCACACGGAUAAUGGCGGGUCUGCUGUACUGAUUGUCAUUUUGACUUUGGCACUGGCAGCGCUUAUAUUCCGACGAAUAUAUCUAGCCAAUGAGUACAUAUUUGACUUUGAGUUAUAA